GAAGAGUUUCACUUGGGGAAAGGCAAGUGCAUCAUUUAUUGGUAAUGAAUGAGACUUGGUAAAAUGUUAGGUGGUGGUUUAAGUUGUAUAAACCGAAAGGAAGCAAGUCCAAUUUUGACGAGAGGAAGAAAGAUGGAGGUGCUGAGGGUUCAAACCAUUGCUUCACAAGAGAAGGACGGUGCAAUACCAGCCAUGUUUGUUAGGGCAGAAACAGAGCAACCGGGAAUGACAACGGUGAAAGGGGUGAACCUUGAAGUGCCAAUAAUUGAUUUUAGCAACCCAAACGAAGAGAAAGUGUUGGAUGAGAUCGUGGAGGCAAGUAGAGAGUGGGGCAUGUUUCAGAUUGUGAACCAUGAGAUUCCUAGCCAUCUUAUAAGGAAGUUGCAGAGUGUGGGGAAAGAGUUCUUUGAAUUGCCUCAAGAAGAAAAAGAGUUAAUUGCUAAGCCUGCUGGCUCUCAUUCUUUGGAAGGUUAUGGCACAAAGCUUCAAAAGGAGACCAACGGUAAGAAAGGUUGGGUGGAUCAUUUGUUCCACAUUCUCUGGCCACCUUCCUCCAUCAAUUACCAUUUCUGGCCCAAGAAUCCCCCUUCUUACAGGUUAGUUUUCAACGUUAUAUUAUUCAAAUGCUUUAUACUCUGUAUCUGUGAC